AUGGUCAAUGAGGCAUUCGGUUUGUUUAGGGAAAUGCAAAAGGCGGGUGUUGACCCGGAUGAGGUGACAAUGGUUAGUGUGAUAUCAGCUUGUGCUAUGUCUGGCGCAUUGGAUGUUGGGAGGUGGGUACAUGCUUAUAUAGAGAAGAAGUUUAUUGAAAAUGAUCUUGAGGUUAGUACUGCGCUUGUUAAUAUGUAUGCAAAGUGCGGGCGUAUAGAAAAGGCUAGAGAGAUUUUUGAGGCAAUGACGGUCAAAGAUACCAAAGCUUGGAGCUCGAUGAUGGUUGGGUUCGCGAUUCAUGGGCUUGUGGAUGAUGCAUUGAUGGCCUUUGCUAGGAUGGAGGAAGCUCAG